GGGCUACCAUCUAAAUGAAUUUGCGAAUUCGAUUAGCAAAUCGAAGUACACGUGAAAAAUCAGCUAAGCUUUAGUGGCAGUUUAACUCAGAAAGAGGGUUUCUUGAGUCGUGGCAUCUCGUGAAGGAGAGACUUCAGAUAUAAACUCCGCCAAAAGAGUUUAAUUCUGAUAGAUCAGCACGCAGAAUGUGUGAAGCAUCUUCAUCAUAAUACGGUCGUCGAACAAACAUUCAUUUUGGUAUAAACAAAAUACGUUUUCGAAUCAGUAAAGUGGAAACAACAUAUUAAGAAGAUGCUCAGCUCACGACCAACGAUUUCUGCCAUGUCUUCAAACUUCCUCAUCGAAAACCUUGUCAAUGUGGACGACAGUGAACGCAUUACUCAUGCCAGAGACAGUGAUUACGAACGUUCAUUUACAAGUGGUCUUCUUGACGGCAAGCCACUGAAAAAGAAGCGAUGUCGAGCAGCUUUUAGCCACUCACAGGUGUGUGCUUUAGAGCGCCGUUUUUCCGGUCAGCGUUACUUAUCAAGUCCGGAGCGUGCUGAACUCGCCCGUAGUCUCGGUCUAACUGAAACUCAAGUGAAAAUCUGGUUUCAGAACCGGCGUUACAAAACCAAACGUCGUCAGCAAAUGCCAGACGGCGCCGAUCCGACGAUCAGUCCGGAGCCGAGGUCCGUCUCAAUGUCAGCCAAUACCAAUGGCACGAUUCAAGGAAUUACAGGUGCGAUUAGUCGCGAUCUCAUUGAAUUAUCUCCUGCACCUUCCGCCCUUCGAAGUGCCCCAUUUCUGGCGUUGCCCGGCGGCUUAGGCCAAUCGAACUUCUGGACGUUCUAUCAACAACUUCUACAUCAAAAUUUAAUGGCACAGCUGCAUCAUGCACGUGAACAGCAGCAUCUUCAGCGGCCUCAACUGCAUUUACAGCAGCUGCAUCUCAGCCAUAAGCCUGCCGAACACUCGGGCACGUUGAGGUCGACGACCAGACAGCACAGCCCACCGUUGCACAAACAUCUGUUGAGUCAUCCAGAUUCACUCCCUUCCGAUCUAGCAUCCCCGGCGCCAUCUGCAGUAUUGUCAGAUCAGCCAGACCAUCAGCAAUGCGAUCUGAAGGGUGUGGAGUGGCGAACCGAGGUUACAAAGGAGGAGCCAAACAGCGACCCUGAUGAUGAGGAUGAGUUUGCCCUGACAUCCAUCCCAAGCCCCGGUGUAUCAUCGAAAGCCGCGAGAAAUGCCAUUAUUAUUGGCGGACUAUUCCUAAUUGAGGCGACUCCAAUGGCAAAUGCCUUUUUCACCUCAGGUAAGCCUUUGCGACGACUUGUCGGACAACUUAUCCCUCCUCCAGUUUUCUCUGCCACCCCCAAUAGCGCGGCCACGGUAACUCAAGGAACGGGGGACGGCUUGACAAGAUCAGUUUCAGUUAUCGUAGGUUCGGAAGAAGAGCUGGAACAGAUUUUCGUACAGUAUCCUCAUCUAAGGGGGCAAGUCAUCCGCAACAGCUUCCCUGAACAGCAAAACCAGUUAAGCCAGAAUUUCAUACUGCGUCUGCUUUCUGGGGCAACUGUAUUGAAUCCGGUCAUUGCGGUACAACCAAACACGGGCAGCAUUUUCAGUGGAUCUCCUCUUUUCAAAUCGUCACUUGAAAGCAAAAUUCUGGGUUCAAGUGACUUCGGAAUGCCGCAGCCGGUUCGAGUGCAAAAUCCUUUCCCAUUCGCGCAAGCAACCCAAAACGUUGAGAGUAGUGCGCAAGGCUAUGCAUCAUCGGUACGCAGAACACCUAUGAUGGAAAAUGCACAAUCACAGCAGUGGAGCUACGCUCAACCUGCGUCCCCUGGGCUUAAAGAACCUAAAGGAUAUGGUCAGGCCCCUAAAAGAGAAAAUGCCCUAUCUCCCCCGACGGAGCCUGAUCAGUCCAAAGGACGCGGUCAGUCGAUACCAAAGAGUUAUGCUCAACCUACACCGCUUGAGCCUGAAGAACCUAAAAAAUAUGGUCUUGCCCCUAAAAAAGGAUAUACCUCUCCUCCAUCGUCGGAGCCUGAACAGUCCAAAAAUUACGGUCAGCCGCGACAGAACGGCUACUUCCAGCCUGCGCCAGCUGAGUCUGAAGAACGCAAACGAUCUGGUCAGGCCCCUAAAAAAGGAUAUAUUCCGCUUCCACCGCGGAAGCCUGAGAGCGGAGGAUACGGUCAAUUACCACAGAAAGCUUAUGCCCCGCCUGAACAUGAAGAACCUAAAGCAUAUGGUCAGGCCUCUAAAAGAGGAUAUGUCCUACCUCCGAUGCCUAAGCCUACGUACAUCCAUCCGUCACAACGGGGAUACCCACAGCCUCCAGCACUUGAGUCUAAACAACUGAGACCGUACGACGAGCCAUCGAAUAAUCGACAGUCAAAGCGGCGAGUUCCAGGAUAUAGCCAACCGGCGCGUCCGGUUGCUCAGUCCACGGGUGGCUCGUCAGCUCAUCCGACCUCUGCUUCCGUCCAAGUGUUCGAUCCUAAUGACCAGUCACUGACGCCUUCCCAAAAUACUUCCCUUGACACCGGACCGGAAACCGAGUUGCAGACUUCUGACAACUCGCUCAUGACUCAAGAUGAAUCUCAUGUCCCGGAUGGUGCGAGCUCUUUAACAAAUGAAAAGAAUUUCUCGGCGAUCAGUGACAGUCCUCCAUCGUCUUCGAUAGAUUCGACUGUUGGACACGCCGAUCCCGAGUCAUUUUCGCUCCCAUCGUCGUCCGCUUCGCCUUCAAGGUCCAGCUCCUCCGCUUCGGGAUCUGCAGUUUCCGCUGACGAGAUACAGAAGGCAACUAGCAGCGUGACCAGAGAACAGAACUUUGUCAACUCGGUACUUGAAGACGUACAACAUAACGAUCAAAUGCAUGCGAUGCAAAAUAACACCGAUUAUUUCCGGGGACAGCUUCCGUCUCAGCUGAAGACGGCCACAGCGGGUUCACUACACCAAGCUGCUGGGACUAUUCCAACGACAUCUGCCGAACCUCUGCAGCAAACAGCAUCUGCUGAGGGCAGUAACAUGGUCACGCACGUAAAAAAGGUUCUUUCUGUUGUAACGAAUAAUUUCGCUGAUCAGGAAGCAUCUGCUAUUAUGAGCCGAUCUACUGGAAACACGCAGGACUCUAGCGCCGCUUCCAAUGCUGCUGAAGCACUGCAGUCCACCUCCGACAAUAUGAUCACGAUCCCACCUCGUAACAACGUCGAGCCUGUCCAGCCCCUUAUAUCCGAAGAUGUAAUCCGCUCUGAGCGACCUAAUGUUUCCGAUGUUUCUGGGCAGGUCUCUGAACAGAUCCCAAUUUCGAACCCGUGGAUACAAUUAAGUAAGCUCCCUGAGAGCCAUCAUAUUCCAGAACCCGUUGGCAGUGUCCUUGCACAGGAAGAUGGUCAGUUUGCCAUGGCCCACCACGUGCCCACCGAAUUAUCGUCCAACAUUGUACAGGGACCUUCCAUCGAAACGGUGCCAACAUCAAAUGUCACACAAUUUCCAGUUCACCCCGAAACCCCUUUCGCCUAUGAAACGACGAAUCGGCCCGUGCAAAGCAGUAGAGCCCAUUUUCCUGCACAACCCUCAUUAGCACGUCCUCUUUUGAGAACUACCGUUGCCGAUCACCAAAUGCCAGCCGAAUUACCAUCACACGCUAUACACGAGACUUUGACUAAAGUGGCGCCAACAUUAAAUCAUGUGUCACAAUUUAGAUUUCACCCUGGGACGCGUGUCACCUCUAAAACCGUGAUUCGGCCGGUAAACGGUCAUGGACCUCAGUUUCCUGCAUAUCGUGCUGUACAAGGUUCUUCGAUGACGCACUCACCUCCAUCAACCACCAAUGUUAACUCAUUGUCGAUUUCACCUUCUGAUUUAGCGCAAACACCCGAAUUUUUUACACCUUUCGGGAGCAGCGCACUGCCUCCUCCCGUAAACGAGGCUCCUCAAGUUCUUGACGCUCAGUUCAGCCUACAUAAACCUGUAAAGUUUGAAAUUGACACUCCCAAUGACAUCGCACAGGAAAUCGCUGAAUCAAUCGCGCCAUCGAACGACAUCAGUGAGACGAUUCCGGAUCAGUAUCACAGUAUGGCGACAUUAUUCACUUCUAACAAUAACGUGGUCAGGCCUGCGUCGCGAUUGCUGCCGCAGCCGGUUCUCGGUCGGCGUCGCCGUGAAGUCUCUGAGAGCUCAGCAGCUACUCCGCCCAAAGAACCGGCGGACGUUGAAGACGAUGAGGACGACCAGGACAAUGAGGACUAUAGCGAUGCCGAUGAUGAAGACGAUGUCGACCAGGCCUCAGAUUCACUGGACACUCCGGUGUAUAUUGGGCCAACUGAGAUUGAAGAGUAUUUCGGAUUUCUUCGGGACAAUGACCACGACGACUGUUUAAAACGGUUGGUGUGCGAAGUGGCCAAGGACCCCGAGUCGUACGGAGUAGUUGGACAACAGAUACAGGAGUUUUUCUUGGAAUACCAGCCAAAGGACGAUAACGACCCAUCAAAUACGUUCAGGAAAGCCGCCACGAUCGGACGGACCAAAGACAUUAGUUGCCCCACCGAAUAUCAGAAGUGCGCGGUGCCCGCUGAAGAGAUGAAGCAGCAAACAUUGGCGGCGCUUGUGCUGGAGCAAGCUGAGAGCGUAGGCGGAGCACAGGAGCAGACAUAGCUUCUUGUGUUAUGAAAUCAUUGUACGAUCGUGAACCGGCUAAUUAAUUAUGGUAAAAGACAUGGAUUGAGAACAUAUCGCAGUUAUAAAGCACACGCAGCAGCUAUCUCAAAUGCAAUAUUUACUCACACCAAUGGAAACACAUCGUGCACGUUUACCAUGCCUUAUUUUAGUUUAGUAGUAAGUAGAUGGAAGUUUUGGAUAACUUAUAAACAAUAAACUUACCUGCGACGAUGAAAUCAUAAAAUAAUAACACUAGCAUUAAUAGAAAAACCGAUUCUUUUUUUAAAUAUUACCAUAGAGAACGCAGGCGAUAGAUGGACAUACUCUGCGGAAGCUGUGUGCUUUUUGCAGUGUUGUCGCCUCUAAUCAACCUUCGCUUUGAGAUAUUUUGUGUCUUGAAAGGCAUAGAAUUGUAUUGUUGAACGCAAAGUGAGCAAACCCAUAACAGCGGAAAUUGACAUCCUCCCCAUCCUCGACAGCCUCUCAACGAGGACAUCUUCUUGAGGCGGUGAGGCCAGACACAUCAGCGUACACUUGAGCUACAGAGAGGGCGGUCGCCCCUUGUCAAGCAAAGACGAAAGCUUUUACAGCAUCACACCCGGGUGAUUUGCAGGCUACAUAUAAUAGCUUCCUGUUGACUCGCGCCCACACUUUGCUCCAGCACAUCGAACUUAGCUAUAUUUAGAUGCCAUGCCGACAACAAUAACGACCCUCACACAAUAGGUUAGGUCGACAACGCCUGUCAAAUAGUUUCAUUAAAAUGGUUGGUAACUGAACUGCAUUGCGAUGGGUCCCCUUUACUCUUAAUCCGCAUCGAGUUAGUGCACAGUCCACAACUAGCGAUGUACAUCCGGGGGCAUAGAAGAGGGUCAAAGAUAUUAUCGCAGCGAGGCCUUGGGAACACUUGGAGGCCUUGAGGCCCUGAGUGAUCUGGGCUCUUACACCGUAGUGUGUAGCCUAGGUUAUCAGACAACAUGUCUUGAUCAAAUGUCACGACCCAUUACUUGAGGUCAAUGAGUCGGAAGGCUAGAAAGAUGAGAGUUUAGAAGAGCGUGACGAGGAGAAAAGGCCAACACCCAUCAGAAAGAAAUUCUAUAUGUUGGGGUUUCAUGGUCAUGUCAUUAAAGAUUUGAAGGUAAAGUAAUAGCAGCAGUAAAAAAACAUAACGUAGUUGAGCUGAGAGAGACACACUGCUAAACCCAUCACAAAACAGAUGACACUGUGCUUCGACAUUGUAUCACGUUAACGUGUCAAGUUAGUGCUUGACUAAAGUACCUAAUGUAGAACAAGUUAGGAAGUUAAUUUUCAAGUAUCGAUCAUGGAGUGGCUUGGUUUAAGGGUUACAUGUGCAAUAAUAAGGUUCGUCUGACUUUUGGAACGUUAAACAAAUCCGAGCUGAAGGCACUUCCGUUAAAACAUGUUGCCUAGAGUCCUUCAUGAAAAUGCCGUGUUCGUUCAUAGCCGAAUAGAUGGCAGGUGCAAGUUAAACCUAUAAAAUUGUAUAACGACAACCGGGAGCGAUGUAACCAAGUUUUGCAUGAAGCUUAAAUAAAUGGUUAUG